AUGUCGCGAUUCCCCGCGGUGUUCUCGCUUCUGGCGCUAAGCGCCUUUGUGACGGCCGAAUAUGGUACGAGUGUGUGUGAAUUACAAUAUUGCGAAUGUGUCCCGGCGAAACACCCUUCUCGGAUGUAUAUUAACUGUUCGAUUCCUCACAAUAAGAAACUGAACAUUCUGGAAGGCGAUCUGCCCGAAAAUACAGACGAUUUAACUAUAACCGGUGCGGAGUCUCUGAUACUAGAGACAAACUCCCUCUCGCGGUUGAACGACGCGCGAUACCUACAUUUUUCGAACAACAAACUUAUCCUCAUGAGGACCUCAUCAGCUGUCAGUCUGAAUAUAGUCAAUCUUUUCCUUGAAAUUGACAACUGUACUGUUCUAAAGAUUGAAGAAAAAGCAUUUACCAAUAUUAAAGGUCCACUUUCUGUGAAAAUAAGUAACUGUGACUACGUGUCUCUGGAAGGAAAAGUAUUUUCGUGGCUCUUAUUCAUUAACAUUGACAAUGUUCGUCAAUUAGAACUUGGGGUUGGGACUUUUGUGCUUGAUCCAACUGCAGCAAACGUUGGAGAACACGGACCAGGAAUGUCGAUACGCAUGAGAAAAGUUACAAUAACAGAUUUCCCGGAACAAACAUUCGGAUCAUCAGCAGCUUUAAUCUCUUUUGAAUCUGUCCAUGUGAAUACUGUCCACGGGGGAGCUUUCGCUGCCAAUACUUACAACUUGAUAGUGGCAAUCAACUGCACCUUUAAUCUCCUUAAAGGCGAAUCUUUUGCACCAAAAUCACUUAUCAAUAAUUUACAUUUUUAUGGAUGUAGAGUUGAGAAAUUUUCGUCAAAAUCAUUGCAAUCUGCGGUGGCGAAUCUAAAUAUUACACGAUCCAGAUUUGAAAACAUAGAAACAGGCGCUAUAAGCGCCACUGUAGUUGCUGUUGUAAUUGUAGAUAGUAUAUUUAAUAUAUUUAGUGAAAAAGGGUUUGAGUUAUCAUCAUGGAACAAACUUCAAAUGGAGCGAAAUACUUUUGACGAAUUAGCUGCCAAUGCCAUAGUCGCUCCUGGUGAAUCAAUUCAUGAACUGACAUUUAUAGAAAAUGAAAUCGAGACGAUUAAUCCUAAUAGUCUUCGAUUCAUAGGGCAGGCAUUUGCGAAAGAUGCAAAUAAUGUCAUUUAUAGAAGCAAUUAUUUCGGUCAACCUUGUAAUUGUAAUAUAACUUCUUGGCUUGCGCAAGGAUUAGGUGCAGUAUCUGGAACGCCAUUUGAAAAUGAAAGCUAUUGUACUGUUAACGAAUUUUUUGCUCGUUGUUUUAAUGUACCUGAGCAGAAUAUGUUAUUCAAAAAAUUUUUUGAUAAUGUAUGCAACGAUAAGCCAAAUAUUCAAUGUGAAACGUAUAAAAGUCAAGAUUUGGGAACUGCUACAGAAAUAAAAAAUCCCAGAUUUCCUCAUAAGAAAGAAGGACUAGAGGGUAUUAGCGAGAGAGAUAAAAAAGUCAUUGGUAUAGUAGUUGUAACUAUUAUAGGUUGUAUAAUUAUUGUUAUGAUAAUAAGCUUUAUAAGAUGGAUGAGGCGAAGAGGUUAUUGUGUAAAUUUGAAAAAUUUUAUUUCUUCUAACUCUUCAUGUGGAGCUCUCUGCGAUCGCUUGGGUAUAUGCGGGUUAAGUAAUGGCCUCGACAAUGCAGGUUCUAUUUCACAGUUAUCUGUAAACGAAUAUUCUGAAAGACAUCGUCUUAACGAACCACGUGUGCAAGAUAUGAUUCAAGAAACCACUGUGCCAAAUUCAUUUGCCGCUGAUGUUGGUAUGGAAAACAAAACGACUCAGACAUUACCCGAAGAAUUAACAAAAGAGUUAUUAGAAAAUUUAAAAGAAAAGUUGGAAGAUCCUGAAAAUUAUGUAGAGGCACGGGAAAUGAUAGAACAUCUAUAUGAACUUAUUAAAGUCGAGGAAAGUUGUAAUAAUAAUACUCCUAUUCUAUUAAAUGUGGAAGAAAAUAUUUAUGAAUUACCAUUCCAGAACACAACACCACGAAUAGGGAAAAACAAGAAACAGAUGAUAAGUGUGGGAACUCGUACACCUUCACUUGACAAACUAACACCCCUUUCACCUUACAAUAGGCAAACCGCCUUAGCCCAUGAAUAUUUUGAACCAAAAGAUUUUGCUGUACAUCUAUACGCUGAAAUAGCAAACUCUGGUAAAGAAAAGAAAAAUUUUUUAGGCGUUAUGCCGGAUGUAGUCGCCGAGCAAGCAGUUCCACGAGGGCCUUAUUUACGGGCUGUACAUGAAAAAAUGAACUCUAGCAAUUCUAGCCCACAAACUAAAGCAAUGAGCACCGCUAUGCCUUGCUCUCAAAUAUCAACGAUAAAAUCAAACAUAUCAACAACUUCAAGUUCUUCUAAUAAAAUGAUAAACAGACCAUUGCCUGAAAAGCCUGUUGUAGCUGCUGAUCCAGGAGAGGGGACAUCAUUCCGACAUGGC